AUGAACGGCCUCGCUAUGGCACUGGCCUAUAAGUUGGAGGCGGACGGCACGUUACUGGGCUGCCCACCAGACCAGGAUAUUGUACUCAGGCGCUCUUUUACCUGGAUUCGAGGUGAUCAAAACGACCCUGUUUUCGCGGCGAGCAACAAACAGCUACUGAAGAUAUAUGACGAAGGCAAUGACCUACUUUUGGCACUUGACGGAUACAUAGUAGAUGAGAUUGAGGACAUCGGAGGUCCCUGGACUGGCGGGACCCGCUUUGUGGAUGGAGAAGCAUCUCGAUUCCCUCAAGAAGAGUACCUCAACCUGCUGGCAACUGUCCGGCAGAUGUGCGUCGUGUCCAAGGCUAAAGGACACGAUAUCUACCCUACGUCUGAGAGACGGGACGAAGCAUAUUGGAGGGUUCCAGUCGGAGGCUUGGAUCAAGAGGAUGGAUUUCUUCCAGUGCCCGCCGGUCCGGCAUGUAAGCUCAAAUAUGAGCAUUGCGUGGCUGAGCUCGAGAUGCUUAUCGAGGCAUAUGCGAUGACCAUGCCGCAGUACAAAGUUCGGGCAGCCGAGCUUGUCGAGAUGGGCAAGAGACGCGUAGAUGACGCGGAUCCCGGACCGAAUUUAGGCACAAUGUAUCGUAUACGCAUGCAAGAGAUGGCUGGCAAGCGGCCUUUCAUUUCCAAUGUCGGUUAUGUCGGUAUGGGACCUCGUUUCCAAAGAGCUGGUGAUAAGAUUGCGAUUUUCAAUGGUGCUACUGUGCCAUUCAUCAUCAGGCCUGUUGGCGAGGAGAGCUUCAAACUCAUUGGGGAGUGCUAUUGUGAUGGGAUCAUGUUCGGGGAGUUUGUUCAGAAAGGAGGAAAUGUGCAGAAGAUUGUGUUAGAGUAGAUUCCUCGUAGUAGAUGACCUGCAGUAUUAGUAUUAUUUCGAAGGUAUUUUUGGGGGCAAGAAAGAUUCAAGGUGUGACCUUAGGUACAAAUCACGUAGCUUC